CUCGGCGAACUCAACUCAAUGGUUCCUGUUGGUUAAUACGUAUAGGAUAGCGAAUGGUUCUGGUUCCGUAAUGAUGUGGUUGCAAGUCAUAGGAGAGCCUCGAGGAUAUGUAUCUCGAGUUGUGGGGUAGCACGUAUAUGCGACCAGUUGUCCCAUGUUGGGGGGCUACAGUGCUGAGCUGUCUCACCAAUAAACGCUCGGGGCAUGGGCGACACAUGGCUUGCGAAACACAUACUAGCUUUGGAUGAGGUAAGUAUAGGCGAAGUUGGAGUAAAGAAACGGAGUUUUUAUGCUGCUCUCCGCCUGCAUCGCUGCCCGACUAAGCUGAAGCCUCUCUUUAAAGGGUCAACAACUAAGGGUCAGCAACUAGUACGUUCUUAUCCGGCUAGAUCCUGGAGGUUCCCAUAUCCUGGGGAGAACAUGGCGAACAAAGCGGACAGACAGCGCGUUUACCUCGCAUGUCGAGCCAUCUUCGUGGGCCAGAAAGCGGAGCUACGAAAACAGAAGAAGAUACGCGAAGAGAUCGAGAGAUGGCCACAGGUGCUAAGAUCACUUACCCGUGGCUUGAGUGUAGAGAAUGUGGUCGAGAUUCUUCGCGACCUCCUAUCACGGCAUAUCUUUAAGUCAGAGCUCAAAGCGAAGGCCGAAUUUCCCGAAUUGUUCUAUACGCCGCCGGAACAGGAGGUCAAACGUGAAGCAUCUGAAGUCAAAGCUGCCAAAUCGACAGCCGAGGUACUAGACGAAGUUGCCAGCGUAGGACAAAACGACGCCGAAUGCAAUGCCGGAGUUGAAGAACAUGCUACUAAGCAACCCAAUGAGGACGCUGCUAAACAAACUGACGAGCACGCCAUCGAAUAUGCUGAUGAGGGUGUCACUAAGCAAGUUGACGAGAACGUCACCAAGCAAGCUGACGAGAAUUCCACCAAGCAAACUGGCGAGGUGAUUCACGGAACUGAAAGAGAUAGUCCGCGCCCUAAAAUCGAGUUCCCAAGCACCGGAAACGUGAUUUCGCAACAGCUAGCGACUUUGCCUUCACUAUACCCGACAUACAUUCCGUAUAAGGCACAGCAUAUUAUUCUGAGCGAGGCGCAACGUAUGCUAGAAGAAAGCUGCUUCGAAUUCACUAAGAAACAUAUGCCGGCACUUCUCGAGAAUACCGGGUUGGACUGCGCUAGUUCACUCGAACUGACGAAAUGGACGCGACUGCUGGCCAAGAUGGCUGACGAGAUACCCGAGACCGCGUUUGAAUUGGGAGCAACGCCUUUGAGAGAGGUGCUAUUCUCGACAGACAAGCUGCGACAUAGCGCGGUUCAUAGGGUCCCGAUGACUGCCCGUGGUAUAAAAGAUCUGCUCAAGUCAGCAGUAACACUGGCGUUUACAAUUGGCGACCAUAAGCAUGCGGGCCAGCUCGAGGAGAUAUGCUACGAGCUAGAUAAUAAGGUCAAGGCGAUGGAAAUGAAUAAAAAUGCACUGGUGUAUUCUGCCACAGCCGAACUGCAGGAUAUUCAACGGCGGCGAGAAGAGCUCGAUAACCUAGAGAAAGAGGUGCUUGCUAACAUGGUGAAGAACGAUCAGAAGAAUAGAGGCUUCAUUGGAGCGCUACUGGAGGAUUCGGUGAGUAGGAUCUUGGAAGGGAAGACGGAGAUAGAGACGGAGCCUGAUGAUGAGUUGAAGAUUGAGGAGGAUGAAGAGGAAUUCUCAGAAUGUCAUACAAGCGUGGAGGACUUUGAAGAGGAUUUAGUUGUAUAAUGAUCACUUGUGGUAUAUGUAUAAUUUGAUAUAUGUAAUUUUGGAAGAUACAUUCCGUAUGAUAUCACGAUAUAAUAUUGUUCAUUGUUGUGGUUGUUGCUGUAAAGAGUCUAAAACUGAGUCUAAGCCGAUGGAUUUGGAAUAUGUACGGAUUACGGGUACAGGUACAAUACAGGGCAAGGGACCCCGCUACCAUUACCCACCUAAAAUACCCCUCACAGUGUCCGUCGCACCCGCCUCCGUCUUGCGAUGUAUGUGUGUUGUACUUUGUACCUCAUUAAAGGCAUCACGUGGCAACGCGUUAAAAGGAUGACGCGCCGCGAGUCGUCGAGUAUCUUUGUCUCAUUACC